AUGGAGGAGGAGAGCGAGGAUUUGCAGUAUGCCACCGACAAAAGACAGCUCAGGAGUCAGACCUCAACUCUCAACAUUGAGGCCUGGCUAUCACCCCUGAGCGACCACUUUCCCACCCCAAGAGGCUUCCACUUCCUCUCCGCUCCCAUCUUGCCGUCCUCGCCAUCGACUGUCUCGGCCGAAGAAAGCAGCUCUCCCUCGACGUCAUCAAACCCGUGGAAUAACAACCGAUCAAGCGUCAUGACCGACGUCACCGAGUUCGACGACCUAUACGAUGUCACCGAUGAGGAUGAACCAACCUCGCUGCGCCGAAUACCAUCCCGCAAGGCGUCCGUGAGGCGUCGCAACUCUGGUCGCAAUGAGAUGACCAAGCAGAAUGCGACUGGUGCUCGCAGAGCUUUGCCCCCUCUCGUUAUUCCUGGCGCUCGGAAUACAUCUACGGAUGAUUGGUCUGCUGCCAGUCUCAAAAAGAGUCUCGCAUCACCAGUGCCGCCAACACCGCCAACCCGCGUCGAGAUGUCUCCCCAGGUCUUCUCAUUCAUGCAAGCGAAGCAGGCUCAAGAAAUCCCUACCAUUUCGGCACCGCCAUCGCUCGAUGGCAGUCUAAGCUCAGAGCAGUUGGCACAAAUGUCAGCGCCGCCAACCCCUAUUAUCGGUAGUGACAGUGGCAAGGAGGAAGACUGGUCAGGUGUGCAACUGCAACCCGGCGUGUUGGCAACCUUGCAUGCCCUCUCUGGUGACAAUGACAGUCUGCAUGAGCACGACCAUAUCCACUCGGAGCAGGUACUAGAGAUUCCUCAAGAGCCCAUCACCGAGAUGCGCCAACAGCCUCCGCGCCUGUUCACCAACAUACAUCCCGAAGCACCGCGUGCGGCCUUGCUUACCCCAAACUCCCGCCGCCAGUCUUUGGCCGACCUCACCAAGCUCGACAUCCCCUCUCCUGGCGGUUUUUUCUCUGGUCUUUCUCCCAGAACCAGAACAACGUGGCACAUGCCCGCGGCGACCCUCGAGGAUGUGGUGCCGCCAACAUCAACCACCGCAGAGCAGUUUUACCGCUGCCCUUGGAACAUGGACGCUUCUGUGCCUCCAGUGCCAUCAGCACCCGCCAAGCUCAUUAUAAACGAUGCUGCGGAGGACUUUUAUCGCAGCUCUUUUCCUUCAUCCUCUGCAAUUAUAGAGCAGGUUGUUGAGGUGAACGAUGAGGAAAUGGAUGAGGAUGACAUGCCAACAGCCAGACCCAUAGUCCCUGCCAACGACUCGAGCUCAUCGGCAACGCUGGCCGAGCCAACUUCCCCUGAAGUCGAGGACAUACCAACAGAGAUCGUAACGGUCUACGACCCCGAGUACGCUCGCAAGCAGCAGGAGGUUACCCUCUCCAACUUCGACCGCACCGAGCUCUGGCUCAGGGCCCAGCGCGCAUACUUGAAGCCCGUAGAGGCUGAGGAGGCUGAGGAAGACAACAACCUCGAUACCAUUCCCGAAGCCGCUGAUGAGGAAGUCGAGCACUUCCCCGAGCAAGAUAUUCCUUCUUCGGUGCCCCGAAAGAAGAUGGUGCGCUUCUCCGAGGUCGUCUCCAAGACCGACAUUCCCCGCCGUCUUCCCUCCAAGCUGUCGAGACAGGAAUCCGCAUACUACCGCGCUUUCCAGGACUACGUCGUUCGCUCGAGCAAGCAGGACGUCAUCGUCCAUCAGCUCCCCCGCUUUGAGGCUCUCCAGGCCCAGCGCGUGUGCCUCCGCGAGUUCCACCGCAACCAACUCCUCGGCAAGUAUCAGCUCAGCGUCGUGCCCCAAUCCGCCAAAAAGCGCCUCAGCGCCAAUGUUGCCCGCGGCGACGACAUACUCCACGAUGACCCCGAGAAGCUGCGCCGCGAAAAGGAGCACGAGGCCAUGUCUCAGAUGGCCAUGCCCACCUGGCACGUCGCCGCCAUGAAGAUGCUCAACGGCGGCAAGCUCAUCUCCGCCCCCGUCAUCAAGCGCCUCGGGCGUUUGUCACGCAUGGCACCCGGCCGUGACGGCGUGGCCCGCGACAGAGCCCGAAUUCUCGAUCUCGGAGGCCAGUCUGCAUGCGACUGGGCCUGGCACUGCGCCCUGCAGUACCCCAACACCAAGAUCUACACCGUUACCACAAAGACUGUCCGCCAGCUGUCAAACUCCAACAUCCGCGGCCCGCCCAACCACCGCCAGGUGGCCGUCGAGCGCCUGACCCGCCUGCCCUUCAAAGACGACCAGUUCGACCUCAUCUCAGCGCGCGAACUGCACAGCAUCCUCAAGUUUGUCGGCGAGAACGGCGAGGACGAGUGGGAGACGUGCCUCAAGGAGUGCAUGCGCGUGCUGAAGCCCGGCGGAUACCUCGAAUUUUCGGUCCUCGACUCGGACAUCAUAAACGCCGGCCCUAUGGGCCUCGCAAAGAGCGUCGAGUUUGGCUUUGACCUCAAGACGCUGGGCUACGACCCCAGCCCGACAAAGAUGUUCCUCGGCCGUCUCUCGCGCGCGGGCUUCGAUGAGAUCCGCCGCGCGUGGAUGUGCCUGCCCAUGGGCGCGCGUCCCCAGUCGUCGCAGCAGGCGCAGAAGCCGCUGCCCUCGCUGCCCGCCGUGCGGGAGAGCCCCGACGGCGAGGAGGUGAGAACGGUGACGAUGGAGGCCAUGGUCACCGGCAGCACGGACGGCGUCGCCAACGUCACCAGUAUCGUUGGCGGCUGGAGCUGGGAGCGCUGGCUGCUGCGGUGCGAGAUGGAAAAGGUCAGCGGCGAGCUGCGGCUCGCGGACACGGUGACGGCCGGCGCGGCGAUGAGAGAGGCCGGCAAGAGUGUCGAGGGCGUUGCUUCCAUUGUUGAGGAGGGUCGGGGUUGCGGCGCCGGAUGGAGGAUGCUGAAUGGUUAUGCGAGGAAGCCCAAGACUGGCACGGGACUCAUCCCCGUCGGUUUCGAGGUUUGA